AUGGGAAACUAUUGAAUCUUUGGGGUUAUUGAUAGGGCGAGUUUGAGAUUCAGAAUGCUCUUUGCUGGAAAUGACAGAACCUGGAACCAGCUUAGUUACUUAAUUCAGCUUGCAAUUUAUAACUAUCCCAAAAUCCCACAGAAUUUUUUUUCUUCAGAUGGAUGAGCUCCAUAUAAAAAGAAUUCAAACAUUAGAAUAUAG